UUUUUUUUUUAUGUAACAAACGAGUGUCUGUGAGAAAGUCGGUUUACCCUACUGUGCUGGACCGCGGCAGCUGUAGAAAUGUAUAGAUACGUUAACAGAAGAAAACCUAAGUCGACGUAAUGUUUUUGUUGACGCUACAAUGUCGCUAAAAGAGCAAAUGGAGGACGCGGUUGAGGAGAGAAGUGGCUUCUUCAUUGGUGCUGACUCGGACAACGUCUCCGAAGAAGAGGACCACCAUCAACUUGUUCUACAAAAAGCUAACGCUCUAGCAUCGCAAAACUGCCUCAAAGAAGCCAUUGACUGGUUUUCGUUGGCUUUGCGGUAUGGCCCCGUCCGGCCUGAACAAUUAAGCACUUUCGUGGAUUGUAUACUCCGUAACUUCAAGAAGAAAGCAGCGGGACAAGACGCGCUCUCGGGCCAGAGUCGGAAUGCAGGGGCCAGCUCCGGGGACGAUAGGCCCGUGUUUGACUGCCCCAACUGCCGUAGCUUUUUAGGUGAACCGGUGACCAUAAGUUGUGGACAUUCGUAUUGUAAAAGGUGUUUACAACAACGGCUGCUGUCCAAAUGUAAGCUGUGCAGUGAAACCGUUACGGGUGAGGAGAAAGUGAAUGUAAUUCUGUGCGGACUUUUCGAUAAAUGGUUCCCUGACGAGCUGAAGAGGUCGAAAACACUUAGUGAAGUCAACGAGCUGUGUGUAAGAAAAUGCUACCAUGAAGCUGUGACGCUAGCAACCGAUGUUAUUCGCUGUGAUUCAGAGACAACAGCGGUGGCACGACUGUCUCGAGCAGAGGCGUACUCGGCUCUCAAACAGUACCGUCUGGCUUUGGAGGACACUGAGUUUUGUCUCCAGUCAAGUUGUUCUGCUGAAGCUAUGUUUAGGAAAGCUAUGGUGCUGCAUGAGAUGGGCCAAGAUGAAGAGUCUCUCCAGUUCUUCCUCCACUGCCUGGCUGUGGAUGAGGACUUCCCCUCGGCUAAAAGACAAGUGGAAAAGAUCCUGUGCGACCUGCUCUCCCCAGCCGAUGAGAACGUCAAGGUUGGCCUGAGGGAAACAACACAGAACACGUCGCCUCACUUGCGCAGUAAAACCCUCGUGUCUGAUGCCCAAGCUCAACCACAGAGCCCGGUGCAAAGACAACACCAACAUCAGGUCCGCGCUGCCUCAGCACACCAUCUUCCAGACAACCAGGAGAAACGCUGGGAAAGCCUGGAGAGGCCUGGUCUUAGCCGAGCUCAUUCGCUACGAAUGCAUGGUUCCUGUUGUACUGAGGAGGGGCUGAAGAGAGUUUGCUCUGCACCUCAGCUGGGGGACCAAGAGAAGGGGAGUCUCCUGAAGAGGAAGUUGUCAGUGUCAGACACAGAGCCCUGUCUGGUUGACAGAGGAAGUAGCAAAUAUAAAAAACAAGGUGUGGCAAAAAGCUCCAAACACCAGACUGCCAAAGCUAAAACAGGCAGAAAUGUUUCCAAGGACCUGGUGGACCACAAUGACUUUGAGUGCUCUCUCUGCAUGAGGUUGUUUUAUGAGCCUGUGACUACACCAUGUGGCCACACCUUCUGUAAAAACUGCCUGGAACGCUGCUUGGACCAUACACCCCAGUGUCCCUUAUGUAAAGAGAGCCUGAAACAGUAUUUAGCAUGUAGGAAAUACAUGGUCACGACUAUCUUGGACAAGCUGAUCAAACAGUAUUUAAGUCAGGAGUAUGCAGAGAGGACUAAAACUCAUCUGGAGGAGACCAGAGAGCUCUCCGACCUGACAAAGAAUGUGCCUAUCUUUGUGUGUACCAUGGCUUACCCCACCGUGCCUUGCCCACUGCAUGUCUUCGAGCCACGUUACCGCCUCAUGAUUCGCCGCUGCAUGGAAACAGGCACGCGGCAGUUCGGGAUGUGUAUUAAUGAUCCCCAGAAAGGGUUUGUAGAUUACGGCUGCAUGUUGAUCAUCAGGAGUGUUCAUUUCCUCCCUGAUGGACGAUCAGUGGUGGACACUAUUGGAGGAAAACGCUUCCGAGUCCUGUCCCGAGGAAUGAAGGACGGUUACAGCACUGCUGACAUUGAGCACUUGGAGGAUAUCAGGGUGGAGGACAGUGAUGAGCUAAGGAGACUACAAGAAUUGCAUGAUGCAGUGUAUGAGCAGGCCCGUGUAUGGUUCCAGAACCUCAAGAUCCGCUUCCACAACCAGAUCCUGCAGCACUUUGGGCCAAUGCCGGAACGUGAAGCUGACAUCCAGGCUACUCCUAAUGGUCCAGCUUGCUGCUGGUGGCUCUUGGCUGUUCUGCCUAUCGACCCACGCUACCAGCUCUCUGUCCUCUCCAUGACCAGCCUCAAAGAACGCCUGGUUAAGAUCCAGCACAUCCUCACAUAUCUGCAGAGCAUCCCCAACAACUAGAGCUUCCUCUUCUCAUCACCACAAACAUCCUUUGGACUUAAAAAUAUUGUUCAAGCAAACUUGAAUCAGCGUCUCGCCAACUUCUGUUUCUGUUGCCAUCCAGUUCCCUCUACAAAAACCCAACAUUUUACAGUUCUUAGUAUUAGGCCUACUUAAGUUCAGAGCAAAGCUGGAACAUCCUUGCACUGUGGAGCACCAGAGAUGUGGCCAGACCACCUCAGGGAUACCUCCGAUGACACACAUCAUCUAUUUAUGACUGUCAGAAGUAAUUCGAAAACUAAAUGCGGCAGCAACUAUUCUCACCUGCUCUUGUUCCAGAUGCACUCCACUUGUUUGAUAUUUGUUGAUGCUGUUGAACUACAGAGAGUCACCAAUCAAACAAUCUAUGAGUGUAUCUUCUCUAAGAAUAGUGCUUAUGGAACUGAAGUGAAGAAAGUAGGCCUGCAAUAGUGUUUAUUAUCUCUGGUGAGACCACCAAAAAGCGUUUUGUCUCCUGGCAGUAAGAUUUACGUUAAUAUAGGGAAGGGUUGAGGUGAUCCUGUGGAGCAAAAUCCUAAAUGCUGAAAGUCCAAAAAGUGAUAGCAAGAUGUGGUUGAGAGAAAUCACUGAGAGGACGUAUGUGCGAAAUGAAGUGCAACUAGUGGCUGGUGUAUGUAUACCAAACUCUGAUAGAAGUAUUAAUCAGUCUCUUCUGAGUACCACAUUUUUAUUGUUUUUCCUAGUGUCUCACAUGCUUACCAGGCACAGCUUCCAUAGCUUUCAUCUGAAUAGUGGCAAAGGACUUCCUGUUGAAAGAAUGAGACCGUCUGUGUUUCUUCCCAUCAUUUUUCCACUUUGCAUUGCCUAAGCUUUUAUGCAGUGAGGGGACAUUUGAUCUCCCUCAGCAUCAGCUCAGAUGGACAGAUGUUUUUUUUUUUUUUUUUGGAAACACUUUUCUUCCUCUCAGAGUUAACCUUAAGUUGUAUUGACUUAUCUUCCAAAAUUGUGUUUUGUCAUGGACCUUUGGAGAACCUGCUGGAUUAGCUACCUAAUUCAGCUACCAGUUAACUUAAAAUAGAAUUAAUUUAUAAGUGAAAAUAUAUUUGUACAUUCUGACCAUGUGUUUGUAUGAGAAAUUCUAAGGGGGUCUUGCAAUAUUAUUAAAAUUGACAAAAACAGCAUGUAUACAGGCAAUGGGCUAGCAUCAUUAUUCAUUCAAAGUUGCUGUCUGUCUGCUUGGAGAGGACGGUACCUGCAGUGAUUCAGUCAGGACUGCGUUUGCCUUACCACCAUUUUGCAUUGUGAGUUGAAUUACACGAUGCAUUGGCUUGGUUACCAUUCCUUUUUGCCAUUGUAUGAAGUUUGUUUUAAUUGUUUCUUUUUUUCUCUCAGUGUAUAAUGUGUAUAAAAAUAUUCUUUAAAAUAGUAAAAUUUGAGUCAAGGAUGUGAUAUGUAAAUCAUGUGUAAAAAGGCUUUUUGGACAGAUCUUCCCUUUUGCUCUUUUGUUUUAAGUUAUCAGUUUGAAUAAUAAAUGCACUUCUUUUUUCA